AAAUAUUCGCUAUUAAUAUCCCUUCCCUCGGCGCUUCUCCUUCUCUUUUUUUCGAAGCCUCGCUUCUUCUUCCCUGCCUCUCGCAAAACCCUACUAGGGUUAGGGUUUUAGCGUUUCAGCCUUUCCAGUCUCGUUCUUCGACUAGUGUUUUUCUCUUAUUCGUACUAGUCUAGGUUUCUUAUACUCAAUUUUUGCUUGUACUUUCAUCAGUAUUUGAUUUUAUUUUGCUCUUGGUACGUUCGGAUCUCGAUCUGUGUCUUCUUCGAUGGAUUCUCGCAAGAGAGGCAGGUCUGAAGCUGCUUUCAACGCUAAUGGCGGACUCAAGAAGUCCAAGCAAGAAUUGGAGGGUGUAGGAAGCAAAUCAAAGCCAUGCACCAAGUUCUUCAGCACUGCUGGCUGCCCAUUUGGUGAGGGUUGUCAUUUCCUGCACCAUGUGCCUGGGGGUUAUAAUGCGGUGGCCCAGAUGAUGAACUUGGGGCCAGCUACUCCUGCACCUCCUAGGAACAUGGUUCCUGUUGCACACAUGCCAAAUGGCUCUUCUGCUCCUUCAGCAAAAAGCCGAAUGUGCAACAAAUAUAACACAGCGGAAGGCUGCAAAUUUGGGGACAAAUGCCAUUUUGCUCAUGGCGAAUGGGAGCUUGGUAAGCCCAUUGCUCCAUCCCAUGAAGAUCCCCGUGCCAUGGGGCCUGUUCCUGGGCGUAUGCCAGCCCGAAUGGAGGCAACCCCACAAGGCCCUGCUGCUAGCUUUGGUGCAUCAGCUACUGCCAAAAUCAGUGUAGAUGCUUCCCUCGCCGGAGCAAUAAUUGGCAAGGGUGGGGUGAAUUCCAAACAAAUAUGUCGGCAAACAGGAGCUAAGCUUUCCAUUCGGGAGCAUGAAUCAGACUCUAAUCUGAGGAACAUUGAACUGGAGGGCACUUUUGAACAGAUCAAGCUGGCAAGUGCGAUGGUAAGAGAGCUUAUUGUAAAUGUUGGUUCAACGGGUGGCCCCCCAAAGUCCACCCCUGGGAUGCAAGGAUCCGGAGGAGGAGGGCUUCCAGCCAGCAACUAUAAGACGAAGAUGUGUGAUAAUUUCAACAAAGGGGCCUGCACCUUUGGUGAAAGGUGCCACUUUGCUCAUGGAGCCAGUGAGUUGCGCAAAACUGGAGUUUGAGGGUUUCUUUAUGCUACUUCUUUUCUCCUCUGGUAUGGGGGGAAGCUCUUUCCUUGGGUUUAUUGUCUUUGUUUGUCAUCUUUGUAGGAGCAAGAAGAUUAUGAUAUAUCAAAGAGGUGUUGGGCCUCGGAUUUUUUCCUGAUUAUAAUAGCCCUUUGGUAGUUGUCUUGAAAAA